AUGGGGAAGCACUCGAGUUUGGGCUCUGCUUCCGAGGCCACAGUGUUCAUAGACACCAGCCUCGGCACCCACCUCGCCGUCACCGUCUCCCACCACGACACCGUUUCGGCAUUCAAAAGGAGAAUAGAAUAUGAACAUCAAUCGUGCUUUACUAGUAUGGGGAAUUUCACAGUUGAAGCUCUAAAGGUAAAGCGGAAAGGAUGCUUUUAUCACCUAUCAGAUUCCAUGCUUGUUAAAAAUGCGUUUAGUGGGGUCAACAAGAACUGGUUUCUGUAUGCUGAUGCUUCUGAUGUUCCUAGAAAAAGGUUGUCCAAUUUCAAGGAUUCGAUCCCAUUGCUACUUGAGGGCAACGAACGUGCUAAAGAGAAAGUUACUACAGCUGAUCAGAAUGGUUCAGUUGAUUUUGCAAGAGAAACUUCACAAAAUUUGGAGAUAGGGGUCAAACAUUCUGAUAAUGAUCAUUGCACAACUUCAGUUCGUGAGACAAUUAAUAGGCCAGAACGUGAAAUACAGGAGGACCACAGACUAUGUAGUGAGGGAUACAGAGUUCCCACAACACAAGAACGCAAGGAAGAUGGCUCAAGGAAAGAAAGUGAUGUCCAACGCAAUGUCUCUUUGGAAAAGGCUUCACCUUCUGUAAAGAAAGGACAAUGUAAGACAAAACAGAGAAAAAAAGAAACAGUGCAUUUAAAAGAAAACGAUGCUUCAGUUCAUGGAUUUGGUAAAGAACAGUCACAUGCGGAUAGUAUCCCUCCUGAAAUUUCACCAGGCAAUCAGAGUAGAGAUUUUUCAUGCAAUAUGACGAAUGAAAACAAAAAUGCCACGGAAGAACCUUGCAGGAGUUCGGCUUCUACUAUGGAUAACAGGUCAGAUUCCAGAAUUCAUGGGACUAAUGAUACAUCCAAAGAAACUGAAGGUCCAGGAAAACACAUCAAGAGUAGAAAGAAUACAUCAGUGGAAGAGGCUUCACAAUCGCAGCCUGCGGCAAAGAAAAAGCGCAAGUUUGAAAGCAUAUCUGGUCUUGAGGAUUCACUGAAAGAAAACAAUGUCUUGAUUUGUGAUUCUAAUAAUGAGACUUCCAAGCCAGAUAUUGCAUCUGAGUUCUCUUUAUUGGACAAACAGAAAAAUGCAAAUGCAAUCUUAGAUGGUGUAACUGCUGAAUCUUCUGAUUUGUUGACCAACAGUUCCAGCAGGAACAAGAAAAAGAGAAAGAAAUCAUCAAGUUCUCUCAAUCAAGUAAUUCCUGCUGCUCCUUCUGAAAGAGAUGUUAUGGAAGAGAAAUCUAAAGUUGCUGCUGCAGGAAUUAAUGAUAAAAAUUCUGGUGGAGAAGAUGAUAUAGCAUCUGUCAAUGAGCAAGAGUUGCGGGAAAAUGAUGAAGUACCCUCGUCACUAGAUGUUAAUAAUAUUACUGAUGCUGGCAAUGUGGAAAGCAAAAGUGUUACGGCCCAGGAAAAAUUGGACGGCCAUCCUCCCCUUCUUGUCAAAGUUCCCAGUGAAGGUGGAACUGAUUGGCCCGAAAGAGUUGGAGAGGAGAGAGAAUCAUCACACAGAAAGGAUUCUGUAUUGGCGACAGCUGAAAAGCAUAAGUUGCCCAGUCAGGAUAAAAGAGAUAGGAACGAUCCAAAUGUAAUUGUGACAUCUCAAUUGUUGGAUGCAAAUGGAUCUGUUACCCCUAGUAAGAAGCAAAGGAAGACCAGAAAAACCAAGGGGUCCACUGGAGAAACUCAGAUUAAAUCAGGUUCUGAGCAUGGAAUUUCUUUGGAUGGACCUCAUGAAGUUGUACAUGGUGACCAUGCCAGUGAUAAAACUAAGGAAGGGGAAAGUAAUCUUUCUCAGAAAAAUGUGAAAGACGUAUCAGAAAAGGAAACGGAGAGUUCUCAUUUUGUUAGGAAAACGGAUAAACCUGAUGGCAAUGAGGUCGAGACCUUGGAGCAAAUUGGAAAACCUCAAGAAAAUGCAGAAAGUAUGAAUCAGAAUAUGAAAAAUAAAUCUAAGAGGAAACAAAGUGCCACGACAAAAAACCUCCUAAAUUUGCAAGCAGAAGGGGAAAAUGUUGGCAUUCUGGAUCCAGCAUUGACAACUGAUAACAAAACAGAGGUAGUAGAUAACACAUGCAGGAACAGUAAGUUGGAAAAAACAACUCCCGUUAAGCAAUCAAAUGGGAAUGCUGUGGAAUCUGAUAAGGAUUAUGGGAUUGAAACUGAUUUGAUCCCUGCACGAUCAAAUUCCAUGUCUAUUGAGUCUAAAGUUCCUUCUCUUUCAUUAGAACAUGUUCCAAAUGGGAGGCCUCUUGAAGCUAACGUAACUGGUAACCCUCCUGCAAAUGGAUGUUCUAAUGAGGGCGAUAACGACAUGGAAGUUUCCUGUGACGGCAAUACGGUCAACUUUGACAAGCAUCUAGUGCCUAGCCAAAGACAGCAUGGAGUUGUUGCUUCUGGCGAAAUGCAUGCCGAAGAGGUGACUGGAACUAAUAGAGUAGAUAAUAAGCCAAAGGAUAAAAAGAAGCGAAAAAAGCUGGAUGUACAUUCAAGCGGUCCAUUCUCUGAUCUGCAAAGUCCACUUAAGUCUAAUGAAAACCAAGGGAUUGGUGGAAAGACUGUAGCUUGCAACUCUAGCUCCAUACAACCACAAGGAUCACUAUCCAAGGGUGAUGACGUUAUGCCUCAGCAUGAAAAAAAGGUUCCAAAGAAAGUUCCUAAAACUGGGACUAAAGCUCCAUCAUCUGAUGUGUCAGGUAAGAUGAAUUCCGUUUCUGAAGCAGCUCGAAAGCACAGUGUUGCCAUGGUUUCUGGGACCAAUACUCGUGCAAGAAAAAAGAAAGAAGUUUCUUCUGUAUCAAAUCCUAACUUGAAAAAAUUGAGCAAUAAAGCUGACCAAAAUAAGAUGGGUAACAAGCGUCAAUCAGGUGUGAACCGAACUCGUGUGGCCGGUGGAAAAGCUUCUGGUAUUGAUCAUGGGGAAGUUGUAAACAGCUUACAAAACAAAAAGUUGUCAGCUAUACCAAGGACAAUAUUCAAGGAUGACAGUAGUGGAAGUUCUGAAGAUGAAGACGAAGUUGACGUUUCACAAGCAAGCACACAAACUCCGUCAGAUUAUUCAUCGUCAUCUAGCUACUCAGAUGGGGAAAGCAAUGCAGAUAUGAGCUCGCCAAGAAGCGGAAAUGCUAGCGUGAUAAAAUCAUGCAGCACUUCAGGCAUAAAGGACCUGAAAUGGACUGAAUUGGCUAAAAGUUCAAGCACAUUCAAGAAGGCUAAAUUUACAGCGUCCCAAUCACCGCCAGAGGAUGAUGAAAUUGUUCCAGACAGUCAGCCUAUCUCCUAG